AUGUCAUUGAGUCCUCCAGGCGGAAGAGACAAUGGUAGGAGAAACGAUCAAUUAUAUUGGUGUUACCAGUGUCAUCAACGAGUCAGGGUUGCCUCCGAUAAUCCAUCUGACAUCGUCUGUCCUCAAUGUUUCGGCCAAGUUCUUGUUGAAAUAGACAUGGCCAGGCCUGUUCAUGAUUUCACUGCAUUUGAUCCCUCCCCAGAAGCUCGAUGGGCCGAAGUACUCUCAAUAAUGUUCCAUCCUCUACUUAGAACCCGAAAUGUUCGAUUCCGGGGGAGAGAGAACAGAUUCCCUGAUGGAGAACUUGUCAAUAUUCCAAGACAGAGAGAUCGUGGCAGUCGAGGCUGGUUUUGGCAGAGAAGGCGUGGUGGGGUAUUGCGUGAUAAUGAGAAUGAUGAUUGGGGACCUGAGAGUGGCAUCCUAGCCCGGCCUCGAACCUUGUUUAUUCUCAGGCCAGUAGGGCCUUCCCCAACUCGACAGGAUCAUGGAGAAGAAGCUGGAUUAUUCCCCACAGGAAUUGAUCCAAGAAACUAUUUCCUCGGUCCAGGACUUGAACAACUGAUUGAACAACUGACUCAAAACGAUCGGCCUGGCCCUCCACCACUGCCUGACUCAGUUAUUGAUUCGAUUCCAACGGUAAAACUAACAUCAUCCCAUUUGAUCAAUGAGUCAGAAUGCCCUGUUUGCAAGGAGAAGUUCGAUAUUGGUGAUGAAGCCAGAGAGCUGCCCUGCAACCAUAUUUACCAUUCUGAUUGCAUUGUACCUUGGUUACGGCUUCAUAAUUCUUGUCCAGUUUGCCGGCAUGGGCUGCCUGUGCCGAGUGAUCAGAGCAGACUUGCAGAAAAUGAUCAAGAGUCUGAGGCUCAUGACUCUCCUAAUGGAAGAGGAAGCAGCAGGAGCCAGCGGUGCCUGAGGUUGAGGCAGCAGUUGGCUUCAAUUUGGCCCUUCCGAUCAAUACAUCGAAACAUUCAUCGACAAAACGAUGAAAGUAGUUCGUCACAAGGAGGAGCAGCUCAGUCACGGCGCCACUCUUGCUACAUUCUUUAGAUCAAAUUCCAGUUGAUUUUUAUCCUCUUGGUGUUUACCUUGAAAC